AUGCCCAAAUCCAAUCAUACGACAACAUCGUCUAAUGGAUCUUCUGCUACCACCUCAUCACAACAUUCUCUUCCAAUAUCAUCAUCAUCAAAAACUUACACUGACUCAUCUUCACAUUUAAAUUCAUUUAGAUUUAUACCUUAUCCUAUACCACCACCACCAUCAUCAUCUCAUCAUUCUCAUUCUCAUCCUCAUCAUCAUCAAUUACAACAACCAAUAAUACCACCACCACCACAACAACCACAAUAUACUUUUAAUAAUUCAAAUAGAACAACAAAUAAUGUAUUUCAACAUCCUUAUAGUUUUUUCAUUCCACCACCACCACCAACAUUAUCACAUCAAACAACAAUACCACCACCACCAUUCUUUUCAUUAGCCAAUCAUCAUCAUCAUCCUUUUAUUUCUCCUCAACAAUUAUUUAUUAAUAAUAGUAAUAAUAAUAAUAAUAAUACUUAUAGACCACCCAUUCCAUUAUCAUCCAUGAAUAAUGUUAUGAUGAUGAAUCAACAAUCAAUACCAACAACACCACCACCUAUAACACCACCACCUUUAAUAUCAACAACACCUACAACACCAACAACAACACCACCACCUUUAAUAUUUCCUUCACAGCCUCCAUUACCACCACCACCACCACCUACUACUACUAAUUCAUUAACAUCAUCUUCUACAACGAUAUCAACAACACCCAAAGCAGUUUAUCAACAUUUUAUUCCUCCACCACGUCCUAUUCCACUCAUUAAUAAUAAUACUGCUACCACUACCACCACUGCAAGUAAAACAUCAAUAUGGAAACCUCCUACAAAUAUAUCAUCAUCAACAUCUAAUAAUACUACUACUAGUACAAAUACUACUACUACUUCCAAUAAUAAUAAUAAUAAUAAUAAUAAUAUAUUGAACAAGACACCAUUAUCUUCAUUACCUUCAUUCAUUCCACCAACAAUACCAAAUGUAAAUACUUUUAUACCUCCUCAACCUCUUUCUAAAAUUGUUAAUCAUUCUACUAAUAAUACUACUUCUAAUAAUAGUAAUAUUAAUAUUAGUAAUAAUAGUAAUAAUGGAAUAUUAUCAAAAAAUGAUACUAAUACUAAUAAUGGAAUUAAUUUAUUAAAUAAUAAUUUGGUAACAUUUUCUUUGGAAAAUGAGGCAGCAAUUGGAGAGUUAUAUGAAAGAAUUUCAGUUCACAGUGAUAGAUUCUAA